AACACAGAUACAGCUGGAUUUAAAUAUGGUUCAAGGUUCUGCUCUGUUUGCAGAGCUUCUAGUAAUGUUCCUUUAAUUAAUGAGACGGGUCAUCUUCACAGAUCUCAGGUUGAAUUCAUGACAAGCUGUUUCCUCAACCCAGCGGUACUGGAGGAAAUGGGAAGAAACUUCAAAAUAAAAGUACAGAUGACGAUUUUCAUCCUGCCAGAGCCUAGUGGUCCUGUUUGACCCAGAUCUGAAGGAAAAGCUGCCAAGGUCCAAAUACUUUUUUAGGAGGCCGAGGUCUGUUGGGGGGGUUCCGGGUCAGGACUGAGCACAGCUGGUAGCUUCUCUUUACAGCAUAAAGCUUUGCUUCACAGAACGCAUCUGAUUUACUCAGAACAAUUUGCCAAGCUCAGGAAGAUGAUGGACAUGGACAGUCCAGAUGUCUUCUGGAGAAAAGGUUGAUGACAAGACAAAGAUGGAGCUGUUUGGACCCAAUGGUGAUAAGAAUGUCUGAAGGAGUCAAGCUGAGGCCCGGUGGUGGUCCUGGUGACGGUGUCUUCCUCCUUUGUGUGCCGUGAUUCCUGAGUUUGGGUUGUCUCACUGUGUCUGGUGCCUUUUAAUAAGGAUUAUUUAGGUUUUUCUGCGUUUAGUGGACCCAGUCCCUCAGUACUGGGUCCUGCGACUGGUAACCUCAGCUCCUGUGGGUUUUUGAUUUUAUUUUUUCUCUGUGAUAACAAGUGUUUUUAAAUCCGGUUUUAAUAAAUUGACUUUGUAAAUUCGGAUCUCGUCAAAGUCGUCACAAGUAUUGUUAUAAACGAACCUGUGUGCCUUUUUCUUACACGAAGGUAAUAUCUGGGUGAAAUUCCCAGGGUGUCGUUGUUGAGCUUUUUAUCUUUGGGUUUUGGGUUAUAGUACAUAAGAUCGCCACAACUGGAAUCAGUUCAGAAGCAAAAAAUUAGAUUAAAUCUAAUUUAACACGAAGCUGGAACCUGUUUGGUCAGGCCUUUAUUUUGAAGUCCCUCAGGGGGAAGUUCUUCAGCCUAGGUGCAGCUUGACAGCGACGCUGACCGUGCAGAUGGAUCAGAGAGGACGCAUGGACCACAGACACCUCCGUGUCCCCGCAGCGCGUCCGGUCAAGUGGGUCCAGGUGAGCCCUCCGCUGCAGCUGCUUGUGGCGCAGCGUCAAGAUGUCUGCAGGUUCUGCAGCUUAGCUGGAGUCAGGGUGAAGUUCUGCAUCAGAAGCAUCCGCAGUGAAGCGCAGAGACACUCUGACAUCUGCUCUGUUCCUCCUGCCUUGACACUUCAACGGUUUAGCUGAUUUAUCAGGUUUAUCAGAGUGAUGUCUAUUAAACAAACUGGAUCCUGCGCGGGAUGAGCGGUUCUGUGAGCAGCAGGAGCACUCUGACGCUCCCCGGUGUUUUGGACUUUAGAAUCAUCCUUCAAGGACAGAACCGAGGAGAGAAAAAGGUGAGGUCACCAGAACAAAUCAGAUCUGCAGCCUUUCAUUAACGCCCAGAGCUUCAUCAUACCUACUGUCUGAAGAACUCAGAACUCCCUGAGAUCCUCCACCACUCAACUGGACUCCAUCUGAACCAGUUCUGUAGGGUUUCACAUAUGAUGUCUUGGACUAAGCAAAGGACGUAGUGAAACCUGUUUAGCAGUUGCUCCUAAAGGAAAAACUUUCCCUUUUUAGUGUGUGUGGAGGUUUCUACGUCUGACUGAAAGCUUGUCCAGAUCUGCAGCGUUAUCUGGAUCAUCUUCAUGGAAUCUGGCCACUCCAGGUGAACCAGGAGCAUCAUGGGAGCCUCCUCCUCUUCCUCUCUGGUUGAGGAUGCUGAUGGCGACGCUACACCCCGAGGAGCAGCUCUCCUUCCGUCCCCCAUCAUGGGAUGUCUGAGGAGCAGCCAAAGCAGCUUCAUCCCACGGCAGCUUCCCAGAGCAGGCCGGCACAGAGAGCGCAGUUUCUCCUCUGGUUCGGUGCCUAUGCAGAAGACCAAGUGGGCCUGUGGCUGCUGUACUUUCCUCAAUUCAGCUAGUGCCCCCCGCUGUUCCAUCUGUGAAGCUCCUCGGCGAGGAUCUGACACCCGCUGCUUGUGGCCCGGGACUGACAGAGGGGGUGCUGGGUGGUCCUGUCCUCGCUGCACGCUGACCAACUCUCCCAGCAGACUGGCCUGCUCUCUGUGUGGUUACAGUGGGCCUUUGAAUCUGGCUCAGGACUCAACCGGACCCCAGCUCCGACCACAGCGCUCCAGCAGCUGCUCUGGACCCUUGAGGUCUUCAUCAACCGAGCAAAGCUGGAAACUGUCAGGAGGAGCAGGUGAAAGCAGCCAGUCCUGGGAUUGUUUGAGGUGCACUCUGCAGAACACGCCUGCCUCUGUGUCCUGCUCUGCCUGUGGUGGACCACGAAAGCUGUCUCUGCCUCAGAUCCCAGCUGAGGCGCUGGUAGUGCCUGAAUUGUGCCAGGACGCAGCAGCACAACAGCCUGAAGCUGCAGCAGGGUUGGUUUCUCUCUCCAUUUCAACCCAAGGGGAGAGGUUAGCGGUGGAAGCUUCACAUUCGAACCCAGACUCUGCAGCACUCAAUCCAGGGCACAGUAAUCCACUUCCCUGUAGCCGCAGAGAGGUGCCGCCUCCAGAUGUUCACCUCCAUCAGACACAGAACCCGUUAUCCUCUCCUUCAACCCUCAACGUUCCACAUCUUCCCUCCCAGUCCGAGCUGCUGAUCAGCAGGAGGCUCAGUGUUCUGAAGGAGGAAAUGUCCCCGCUGUCUCCUGCAUCGGUCGCCGCGUUUCCAGCUGUCACUUUCCAUCACUCCAACACUGAGGAGUGGUCGUGUUGCAUGUGCACGCUCAAUAACCAGGUGAAAGCCAAGCAGUGCCAGGCCUGUCGCACUCCACAGCCACACGCCGCUCAUCAGAAGACAGCAACAACGUUGCAGAGGAGGAAGGAGAGCAUCCUGGUGGAAGAGCUACGGCAGAGCGAUGAAGAAGAGGCCAGAGAGCAGUGGGAGAACGUGGUCAGCUUCUGCAGAGAGAACUCGGUCACAUUUGUGGAUGACGGCUUCCCUCCUGGUCCGAAGUCUUUGGGCUUCCCGAUGGACGACAGCGUCCAGAAGCGGGUCAGGAAGUGGCUCCGCCCCCAUGAGAUCUGCUGCAAUAACGUCAGAGAUAGGGGGGUUAAGUGGUCGGUUUUCCGAACGCUGCGGCCGUCGGACAUCUUGCAAGGACUUCUGGGAAACUGCUGGUUCCUGAGCGCCCUGACGGUUCUGGCUGAACGUCCUGACCUGGUAGAGAAGGUGAUGGUGACCCGAUCAAUGUGUCCCGAGGGAGCCUACCAGGUUCGCCUCUGCAAGAACGGGUCGUGGACCAUGGUGUUGGUGGACGACAUGCUGCCGUGCGACGAGAAUGGACACCUGCUCUUCUCUCAGGCUCAGAGGAAGCAGCUCUGGGUCGCUCUGAUUGAGAAAGCUCUGGCAAAGCUCCACGGAUCUUACUUUGCUCUGCAGGCGGGCCGAGCCAUCGAGGGACUGUCCACCCUGACAGGCGCCCCCUGCGAGUCGCUGGCCCUCCAGGUCAGCACCACCAACCCAAAGGAAGAGCUCAUCGAUACAGACCUCAUCUGGGCCAAAAUGCUAAGCUCUAAAGAGGCGGGAUUCCUGAUGGGAGCGUCCUGCGGAGGAGGGAACAUGAAGGUGGACGACCUGGAGUACGAGUCCUUGGGUUUACGUCCUCGACACGCCUACUCUGUCCUGGAUGUGAGGGACGUGGACGGCCACAGACUGGUACAGAUCAGGAACCCGUGGGGCCGGUUCUCUUGGACCGGAGCAUGGGCGGAUGACUGGCCAAAGUGGCCUCCACACCUGAAGAGGGAGCUGUGUGCACAGCGAGCGCAGAACGGCCUCUUCUGGAUGGACUUCUGGGAUUUCAUCAGGUACUUUGACUCUGUGGAUAUCUGUAAGAUUCACCCCGACUGGCAGGAGGUCCGUAUUCCAGGAGUUUUCCCCCCAGGAUCCGACGUUCCCGUGACGGUGGUGUCGAUGACGGUUCUGGAGAGAACGGCUGUGGAGAUGGUUCUGUUCCAGCGGGGCAGUAGGCGCUGGGACAUAGCAGAAAGCCACCUGUUGGACUUGUGUGUGCUUCUGUUCCGGGUCGCCUACGACAGCUCCGGGUCGCUGACCCUAGGCCGACUGCUGGCCCACAGCCGCCGCUCCGUCAGGAGGUUUGUCGGCUGCGACGUCAUGCUGGAACCGGGCGAGUACGCCGUGUGCUGCUGCGCCUUCAACCACUGGAACAGCUCAGCUGCGGAAGAUGCAGUGGUUUCCGGUGGACCCGAAGCAGCGGGCUACAUCCUGGCGGUCUACAGCUCCAGACAGGUGAUGGUGGAGCAGGUAACGGCCGCCAGUGCCACCAUCGCUGACGCCAUCAUCCAGCUGGCUGAGACCAAAGGAGAGCGACACGAGGGUCGGGAGGGGAUGACCUGCUACUACCUGACGCACGGGUGGGCGGGGCUUAUUGUCAUGGUGGAAAACCGACACCCAAGGCAUCACCUGCACGUGUCCUGCGACUGCAGCGACAGCUUCAACGUGGUGUCGACGCGCAGCAGCCUGAAGACUGUCGACAGCGUUCCUCCUCUGCACAGACAGGUGCUGGUGGUUCUGUCCCAGCUGGAGGGAAACGCUGGAUUCUCCAUCACACACAGACUGGCCCACCGGAAGGCUGUCCAGGCAUCUCUGGGGAACUGGAGUCCCUCCAAGGCAGCCCACAGUCCGGCUCUGAGUCCAGAGACGGCGGGUCUGCACCGGCCGAGACCGCUCUGAGAACCUGUUAAAGGAACCGGGUUCUGGUAGAACACAGGGUUAGUAUGGUUUUAGGUACUGGGCGUGUUUAGGAACCCAGAUAUUUCUCAGAGUCAGAGCUGCUCAGAACCUGAGUUUAAAUCUGGAAACAGAAGAAUUAUUUAGCUUGGAUGAUGAAGAUUUAAAAGCAGAACUUUCUGUAUCCCACAAAAAUGUGAAACAUCUGAAGAUCCAGAACAAAUGUCUGGUUUCCUCUCAGGACUGCAUGACUGUAAAUGUGAAUUCACCCAUGAAUGAUUUAUUGUUCCUUUUCUAAGCAUCAGAAAUAUUUAGGGCUUGCUAUUUCAUAUAUAUUAUAUAGAAAAAUAAUCAUUUAAAUAUUAAAACAACACGAUGGCGCAGUUAGUAUCACUAUUGCCUUGCAGCAAGAAGGUCCUGGGUUCGACUCCCGGCUGGGUGUCUUUCUGCAUGGAGUUUGCAUGUUCUCCCCGUGUAUGCGUGGGUUCUCUCUGGUUACUCUGGUUUCCUCCCACAGUCCAAAGACAUGUCAGGUUGAUUGGUCUCUCUAAAUUGCCCUUCGGUGUGAAUGAGUUGUUUGGUUGUUGGUUCUGUGUGUCUCUGUGUUGCCCUGUGAUGGACUGGUGACCCGUCCAGGAUCUAACCCGCCUCUCACCCAUAGACUGCUGGAGAGGCACCAGCUCCCCUGUGACCCACUAUGGAAGAAGCGGUAUAGAAGAUGAAUGAAAAAAACAUUAAAACUAUUUCUAAUUCAGAGGAAAAUCCUACAUUUGUUCCCACAAACAUGAUUGUACAGUUAAUUUUCAGGGUUAUAAUUUCAUGCAGUCAUAUUAAAUGAGUCCAACUAUAAUCACAGAUUCAUUAAAAAUGUGAAAUAAAUAUAUAAACAAAGAAAAAAAAUCCAUCAAAUUUAGUCUUAAACCUCAAAAAAGCUCAAAUCAAAAUAAUGCUUAAAGAAAAUAAAUAUCAUCAUACAUAUUGUUUGAAAUAAUUGAAAUAAUUUUCAAAUUCAAGAUGCAAUAAAUAAAAUAAGAAUAAUUAUGAUGAAGUUAAAUCUUGACACAAAGCUAAAAAUAAUAAAAGAAAUAUAUAAAAAAGUAAAACAUUUAACAAAAUUAAUAUCAUGUUGCUCAGUCAACAAACCAGUAAGAAAACUAUUAUUAAUUAUUAAAAUGUUAUCAUAAAAGCUAAUUCAAAAGAAAAUCCUGAGGUGAACAGGGGGUCUUCUCUGUAGGCUUUAGUUCUUUGAGGAUCUUCAAAGCUGAACACCUGGACGAGAUGAAAAAGAGCUUUUAAACAAACGGACCCUGAACCCAAAAGAUCCUGAAGGUCACUGGUAACCAGUUCAACUUGAGCUAAGGUGUCUGGAGCUUGAUUCCUCCUGUGAAGCUCUUCACCUGAAGGACCUGCUGCAGCUCUGCCUCUGAAGAACAUGUAGAAGAGAAGGUUUUAGAAGAUCCAAUCUCAUGGUAGAUGUUCUCAUCAUGUUUCACAUGGGACAGUAUCUUCUGAGUGGAGGAAGCAUUAGCACUUUAUGAGAUUAUGCUGGAUGAUUUUUAACCAGAAAUGAAGAUGUUUUUAUAUCAUGAAGCUAUAAUAAAAACUAUGCAAAUAUA